GAUACGUCAUUGUCAUCGACGUACUGUCGAAAAACCCUGUUGAAGCUAGUGGUCACACAGUUCUCCACAUCCACAAUAAGCCAACGCACCGACGCACCGUGUAGGACGAGCUAGGAUGGAACCCCACGGGCGUUCUACUAGGACGAGCUAGCUAGGAUGGAACCCCACGGGCGUUCUACUAGGACGAGCUAGCUAGGAUGGAACCCCACGGGCGUUCUACUAGGACGAGCUAGCUAGGAUGGAACCCCACGGGCGUUCUACUAGUACUACUCAAUUACUUCCCAUUCGGACGAGACGACGAGCGACCUCAGCAGAAUGGCCUGCGUGGAGGAGGCGAAGGUGGUGGAGUCCUGCAUGGCGGAGGAGGUGAAUUCGAAGGUGGUCGACUGCUGCAUCAUGGAGGAGGUGAAGGUGGUGGAGUGCUGCAUCAUGGAGGAGGUGAGGGUGGUGGAGUGCUGCAUGGUGACGCCCAGCGAGGAGACGCCCAGGCACGGACUCUGGCUCUCCCCGCUCGACCUCAUGAUGGUCAACAAGGGGCACACCCCAACCGUCUACUUCUACCGCUCCGCCUCCGACGACGGCUUCUUCGACGUGGCCCGGCUGAAGGCGGCGAUGGCCAAGGCCCUGGUCCCGUUCUACCCCCUCGCUGGCCGUCUGGGCGUUGAUGGCGAUGGCCGGCCAGAGAUCGACUGCACUCGACAAGGUGCGCGCUUCGUGGUCGCUCGCUCGGACCUCGCCGCCGACGACUUCAGCGCCCGCGAGCCGUCGCCGGAGCUGAGGAGGCUCUUCGUCCCCAGGGACAUCGACGACGUCAUGCUCGCCGUCCAGGUGACCUUCUUCAGGUGCGGUGGGGUGGCGCUAGGCACCGCGCUGCACCACGUCGCCAUCGACGCCCUAAGCGCGUUCCACUUCUUCCAGACGUGGUCCGCCUUCUCCAGAGACGGGGCCGGCGACGGCGCUGGAGCUGGAGCGGCCACAGCAGCGCUGGAGCUGCCAUGCCACGACCGUACCCUCCUCCGUGCACGCUCCCCGCCCCGCGUCGUCAACCCCGACGCUCUCUCCGUGUUCUUGCCCCUAAAAAACGACCCGAGCAUACCCGUGCUGGAGCCGUCUGGACCUGCCGUCAACGAGAUUUUUGUUCUUUCCAACGACCAGGUCGUCGCUCUGAAGCGUGCCUAUGGUGGCGCGAGCACGUUCUGCGCCCUCAGCGCCCGCGUGUGGCGCUGCAUGUGCGCCGCCCGGAGGCUGCCGCCGGAUGCCCAGACGCGGCUCACCUUCCCGGCUAACCUCCGGCACAGCCUGAGGCCGCCGCUCCCAGCGCGGUACUUCGGCAACGGCAUCAUCCUACUGGGCGCCGCCUGCAAGGUGCGGGACGUCGUCGCCGCCGGGUCGGGGGACCAGGCGCCGCUGGCGUCCGUCGCCGGACGGAUCAGGGACGCCGUCCGCGGGCUGGACGACGAGCUGGUGCGCUCCACGAUCGACUACCUGGAGACGGCACCAACUAUGCCUGCGGCGUGCAGCAUGCCGGCGACGGAGCUGAGGAUUGUCAGCUGGCUGGGCAUGCCGGUGUACGACGCGGACUUCGGGUGGGGGAAGCCGCUGGUGAUGCAGCGCGCCGUGCAGCAGCGAGCCGGGCUCGUCUACCUCGCCGACAACGGCGGGGACGGGGGCGUGCGAGUCCUCGUGUCCGAACCUGCCCCGGUUGUCGAGGAGCUCCGGCGCCUGCUGGGGGCCAAGAUCUGAUGCAGUACAAGGAGACGUGCUUUCAUCGCGUGCCGUUACUCUUUGGGAAAUGAUUCCCUUACCCACACAUCUUACGUGACCGUCCACCGCAUUCGUGUCCGUUGGGCUCCCUCAAAUGGCGAGGAAUCAACCAUUCCGUAUCUGCAACUGCAACUGCAACUGGUCCAUUGUUUCUGUAACCAUCCUUUUAUUGUAAACCGAUUGAAGACUAGAUCCCAUAACACGGUCAUGUUAUAAAAA